CCACACAUUUCUCUGUGCAGGAAGCUGGACAGCUGAAAAGCCUGUUUUGACUCUUAUCUUCAGUCUUAAUCUUACUGAACAGCAUUUGGAGAUAAUUUGCGAAAUAAAAUGAAGUACGUCAGCUGGAGAUUUUGUCUGACAGUAUCGCGGUCCCGCAUGUUUUCGGUGUGAAUGUCUAAAGAUUCCACUGAAUGAGGACACAUUUGAAAGACACACUGCAGACAUGUACAGCCUCAAAGAGCUAGAGGGAGAAGUUGACCACUCUUUCUUUGACAGUGAUGGUGAAGCUCAUGGACUUGGCUCUGAAGAUGGGCAGCUCAAUAAACAGAAAGUCUCAGAAAAACAAGAUGAGAGAACAGCAAAAGACACCCAUGUUUCAAUGGAUCAGUUAGGAAUUUUAGCUCAAAGUAAAAGGAACCUUGAAGAUAAACCCAGAUUGGAGGAUGACUCAAACCAGGGCAGGAGAAGGCAAAGAGAAGAGACCGAAUAUGAUGGCUUUUUCAAAGGCUCUUCAUCACUCCCAGUUGCCAAAACCUCAGAGACUAUGAACAGCAGUAAAUCAGAUGAAGGAUCUAGUGUGCAUUCAUACUCAUCUGAGGAAGGAAUGGAGCCUGAUGAUGAUUUGAAACUCAGGAAAACCAAUGAUAAUGUUAACAGUGAUGAUGAUGAUGAUGGAUACCAUCAUAGUGACGAUGAAAGUGAGGAGGAUUUCAGAUCGCCAGUGACACAUUCAGCAAAACAUAAGGCAUUGUCCCAUGGAACGCCUAAAAAAUCUGCAGGAAAAUUCCACAAGCUGAGCCGUAGCCGUUCACCAUCAUCUGAUCCUGAGUCCUCCCACAGUAGUGAAGAGAGAAGCUCUCAGAAAUCACCUGUAAAACAUCAGCGGGUGGGUUCAGCUCACCAGAAAGAGCGACAAAAUGAAACAGCAGAAUCUGAAGACACGGUCACUGAUGUUACCCCUCUAUCGACACCAAAUAUUAGUCCUUCCCAGUCCCUUAAUGUGGUUCUGCCCUCUGAACCUGCAGCAGAUGUUCAACAACAGCCCAGUGUUUCUGAGAGGGUGGUUGCGAAUGAUGUUUCGGACGGUCAGGGCUCUAUAAGUUCUGAAGGAGAGGAUGGACCAGGUUUCUUAAAAGUAGAGAAACAGUUAGACAGAGUACUCGUGGUCUCCAGCCCUUCCAGUGUUGGCAGCAGACGUAAGAACUAUUCUUUCACAAAUGAAGAGGUACAGGAGAUCGACCGGGAGAACCAGCGGCUAUUACGUGAACUGUCCCGUUCAUCGGCACGUUCACGAAGUGGCAGCUCUGCCUGCUCCAAAACCAGCAGUCGCAGGAGUAGUGCACCACCCAUACGGCUUUACCACAGUGCCCUCAACAGACAACGAGAGCAAGAGCGAAUUCAGAAGGAAAACCUGGCAUUCCUGAAGCGUCUAGAAUCUGUGAAACCCACUCCUGGCUUGACCCGAGAUGAACAGCUAGCUGAUUACCAGCGGCAUUGCCGAUACCUGGGAACACCUGUUACAGCUCUUCCACCAGUCAAACUCAAGUCCAGCAAAACAUCUGCAGGGAGGACUUCAAGACCUGGAAGUAGUCCUAAUAAAUCUAGACCGGAAACGGCUAAGCUCAGUAGAACAAUACCACGUCCUACAUGGUCAUGAUCCUAAAUUCUUUCCUUCUCUUUCUCCACCUCCGACACUUUCACGUACAUGUUCUGCUCUUACUGUAAGUAGAGAAUAUGACUGUAGGUCACAACACCAAACAUUUUUGGGUGAAUGUUGCAAAAGUUCAAACUGCUUGAGCUCAUAGUAAUUUGUCCAGAUGUGGAGUGAUAUAAAUUAAAAUAUUUGUCAGAAAAUCUACACAGCUAAAUGUUUGCUGACAUUAAUUAUUUGACACUGUGUGGCUUAUAUAUAUGUGUUGAUGUGUUAGGAGACUAAAUGAAUUCAGUCAACACUGUUCGGGAGGACCAUGAAGUGUGACAUUCCAUUUUCUGAGACAUUCAAAAGAAAACUAGUGCCUAUAUGUGACAGACAACAAGAAGACUUCAUAUAUAUA